AGUUUGCAACGCGAUUCACUCCUCGACAGACCCCGACCGACGACAAGGAUGGUGUCAUUCAACCCGAAGCCUACCUAUAUAGACGGUCUACCGUACGACCCAGAACAAGAUGUCCAAGAGAAACGCGACAUCCGCAAGAAAUAUCGUCAACUCGAAAAACUAACAGGAGAGCAUCUGAGACCACAGGACCUUGACGCUGAGGCUCUCGUAGGCCAAGUCGCCCAGGCUGAUGAACUAUUCUCUAAGGUCAAAAAUCCCACUGAAGCAACUCUCGAUUCGACAAUUUUGCGAAAUGUUUCAAGCAUCAGUGCUCAGAAAGCUCGUGCAAUGAAACUCGGAUCGGCAGCGUUCGAUAUGGACGAUUUCGUAACCAAGCUCAUUAGCUUCAUGGGCGGCAGACAAUGCUUCGAGGAAAAUGAAGGUGGUUCAGAAAUUGAGGCAGAAGAAGAAGGCGGUUUAGAUUGGGACAAGAUCGGCAGGAAGGCACUUGCUAAGAGCCGGAGAGUUCCUGUCACUCAUUUCAUGCUUGGUCCUCUUUCGAUAGAACAAAAGAAGCGCGCUCAGGUCAAGCGACAGAAAGAGGAAAGGAUUCAAGAGGAAGAACGUAGACCACAGGAAAUCAAAGAAGAAGACAUCAAACGGUCUGAUAAUGAAACAACUAAGAACGUACUCGUUAUCAAAGACAUCCUCGAAUCCACGGGACCCGUCAACAUAUUCAAAUUCAUCGUCAACCCGAAUGACUUUGCGCAGUCUGUAGAGAACCUCUUUUAUGUAUCCUUCCUCAUCCGCGAUGGCGAGUGUGCAUUCGAGAUCACAGAGGAAGGUGAUCCUAUGAUUAUGCUCUGUGAGCAGCCAACAAUGGAGGAUCGACUUCAAGGCGUACAACGACAACAGAUCGUUAUGGAAUUUGACAUGGCAACAUGGCAGCGCGCCAUCCAAGUCUGGAAUAUCACAUCGUCUACCAUACCCCAGCGUCCUCCUGUAAAAAAUCAACCCGGUGGAAAGUGGUAUGGAUAAGUCAUGAAUUUAGCUGCAAACAUAAACUCUAGACCAGAUUGAUUGUAACGUAGUACUGUGUAGCAUCUGCACCUCAAGUUCAGAUUGCGUAAUAUAUGUACAAUCAAAAAAACUGCGCCAUUGGUAUGCUCUGC